AUGACUUGAUUUGUCUGUGAGAUAUGAAUGCCAAAGUCUUCGUUUUACAUAACAUGAAUUUUUAUGUAAAAGUGGUGGUUCUUCAUAAAUUCUACAUGUUCUUUGCAAAUGACCUAUACAAAGUUGUUCCAGGAGUACCAUAUUGCCUGACAAUCUUUUGUUUUAUUGUUAACUUAAACUGUACUUGAUUCUAGCAUGCCACUAUACUUCUUUGAAGUAAUUUGAGCAAAUUUCUCACUGUUUAGUAAUGUAUACAUUGUUUAAGGUACAUUAUAAUUUCACAUUUUGUAGGUGGACUUCAAUAUGUAUGAUCUACUUAUGCUGCCACAAUGCAAAAGGCAACAAUCACUGGGCUUUGCUGGUUGCAAGUGUUAUGUCCAGGACUGUAACCAUUUACGACUCGUUGGGUGGUAACAACAAGGCCUUGUUCGAUUUGUUCUGCCAGUUCAUGUGUCAACGAGCGCAAAUUGUGAAAGAUGGCUUGGAAAAAUUCAGUUCAGAGUUCAAAGCGCCACCUUGCAACAAACAGCGCCAUGGAAACAGCUGUGGAGUGUUUGCAUUGAUGACUGCCAAAUGUUUGGUCAUGAAAAUGCAUCCCACAAUGUUGCGACAGGCCCAUGAUUCAGUUUAUCGAGACUAGUCGUGAGACGCAGACCUCUGAUUCAUGGGGUGCGGCAAACAUAUCUGUGCGACUCGAUGACUUCACUGUAAAGACCCGCAUGGCAUUAAAAUGGAUAUUAUCAAUAUGUGUUGUUUCGCGAAAAUAUGUUUUUGUAGCAGGAAGUGCUUUGGGCUCGAUUAAUCUGAGAACUCAACAAAAUAUUAAUAAAAUCCUUCUGUGCCAAAAACAUAUUGACUUAAAUUAAUUAAUCCCGAUGGCGUAAAUGACUUAUCAUUUCAUGUUCAUGAACCGGUUUUAAAAUACUUUGUAGACUUAUCUGCUAGGCGGUGAGGACUUUUAGACCACCUGAUAAACUUCAACUUUAAUUGCCCUUGUGCAGUAACCGACUAAAGAUAUGCUAACAUAAUACUGAUGACUGAUGA